AUGCAGGACCUGCGGGGAGCCAGAAUCCACCUGAGAGCCAGGCUCUUGGUCUUACUGUUUGCCAGCAGUAAUGGAGGCAUUGGGGAGGUCACUGGGCCCUUGGGCCCUGCUCAACCCCUUAGCCCUGCCUCUCCAUCCACCUCUCAGGCAUCUCUCCAGGACCAAGCUCCCUCGCAACCCGAGCCGGGGGCCCUAAAAAUAGCCCCCGAGGCGCAACCGCCGGCCGCCCUGGUGACCUUCUGGGUAGCACAGGCCGAAGAGCCCAGCUGCCUGUGGCUGCGGAGCUGUGGGGCACAGGACGCCGGCGUGUACAGCUGCACGGCCCAGAACGAGCGGGGCCGGGCCUCCUGUGAGGCUGUUCUCACAGUGCUGAAGGUCGGAGAAAACCGGCCAUUCCCGCCGGACCUUUGGCCGACUUACCCAUGCGAAGUUUUCCGCUCCUGCAGAAAGCAAAGUUACGACUCAGAGACGGCUGAGGAUGACAUCAGCGAUGUGCAGGGGACCCAGUGCCUGGAGCUUCGGGAUGACGGGGCCUUCAGCACCCCCACAGGGGGCUCUGACACCCUGGUGGGCACCUCCCUGGACACACCCCCGACCUCCGUGACAGGCACUUCGGAGGAGCAAGUGAGCUGGUGGGGCAGCGGGCAGACGGUCCUGGAGCAGGAAGCGGGCAGUGGGAGUGGCACCUGCCGCCUCCCAGGCAGCCCAAGGCAAGCACAGGCAACCGGGGCCGGUCCACGGCACCUGGGGGUGGAGCCGCUGGUGCGGGCAUCGCGAGCUAAUCUGGUGGGCGCAAGCUGGGGGUCAGAGGAUAGCCUUUCGGUGGCCAGUGACCUGUACGGCAGCGCGUUCAGUCUGUACAGAGGACGGGCGUUCUCAAUCCACGUCAGUGUCCCUCAAAGUGGAUUGCGCAGGGAGGAGCCUGACCUUCAGCCUCAGCCGGCAAGCGAAGCCCCACGUCCUCGCCCGGCCCUUCCACCUCCCUCCAAGUCCGCGCUGCUCCCCCCACCGUCCCCUCGGGUGGGUAGGCGGGCUUCUCCGGGACCCAGCGCUCAGCCCCCGGCCACCCCCACAUCGCCCCACCGGCGCACUCAGGAGCUUGCGCUGCCAGAGGACGCCACCACCGAAGAGAAACGAGGGAAAAAAUCCAAGUCGUCUGGGCCCUCGCUGGCGAGCACGGCAGAGUCUCGGCCCCAGACGCCACUGAGCGAG